ACAUUUUGAAUUCUUUUAAAUAAAUUAAAUUCAAAAAGUAUGCUGCACUUAUUCACAUAGUUUAGAAAAUUCCAGUUUGACUCGAAAAUUUGCAAAAGUUUAAAGUCAGUAUGAGUUCGGAUAAAGAGGAUUCUGUGUCGUCAUUUCAAUUUAAAACGCGGAAAAUUCGUCAAUCUCUAAUGCCAAGCGUUUACAAACCGAUUUUCAUGCCUGGUGUGCUAAAAAUGCGGCAAACUCCAAAUCAAUUUAUGCACACCAGCCUUUUAAAUGACGAGGACACCUUGCUUAGUAUAAGAGAUCUUUUCUUACAGGAAAAAUCCGAUGAUGAAAUUACUGAACAAGAUGUUAAUGAAAGCCUCUAUGAAAAAAAAACUUAUGUUCUUUCCCAAAGUGAUGACUCAAUUAUUUGUGGAAUACAGAAUGCUUAUACAUCUGGCGAGGAAAAAGAGCAAUUAAAAAAUCUUGUCAAUAUUAAAGAUGACUCCAUGUUACACCUACGCAAAAGUUUCUAUCCGAAUACUCUUAGUGAUGACGAAAUCAUGCACAAUCUUAAGCAACUAUACGACGAAGAUAUAGAAAAGCCAUGCUGUAGUCGCUAUGCCAAAAAUGAAAAUAGUAAAAUCGAAGUAGAGUUCUACAAUACCAAACCAAUACAACAAGUAAGAUCCGUAAUAGAUUUUGUCUUAAAUAAGGAAUACCCAGAAUUUUCUGAAGAACCAACGUGCAGCAGAUAUCUUGCGAACAAAAGCGCACAGUUUACAGAGAACUCAACUACAUCACUCAAAACUACUACAACACCAGCACGAAAGAUAACAUUUAAGUCAACCUCGUAUGAGAAUUGUGAAAAGGACGACAAAGAUGAUAAAGAUGAACCUAUCAACAGUCUAAAGAAUGAGAACGUUCAGUUUCCAUCUAUACCUAAUGAAUCUGAAACUGAUACGGAUAGUUUUAGGUUCCAAUCACAGGCGUUUGUAAACAGCAAUCCUGGAUUGGAUGAAAGCAUCAACACAGCUGAAAAUUUCUCAAAUAUUUUAAGAAAAUAUAAACUAGAUUUAAUGCGGCUUACUACGAUCCGAGAGCAAAAAAGGGUGGAAUUAUUAAAUGCAAAAUUAGAUCGACAAAAGCGGAUAAAGGUUUACGAGGAACUAAAAUUUAAAAAACAAAUAGAAUUAAUAAAUAUCAAAAUGUCGUUAGCUGCAAAAGAUGGUGCCGAAAGUAGCUGCGGGUCGCUAGACUAGACUUAUCUACAUAGGACUUUUAAGAACUGAAUAACAAAUGUUUUUGCAAACCCGUAUCAAAAUCUAUAGUAAUUUACCCGUAUCUUUUAAAGUAUAUAAAUACAAAAAUUCAUUUGGUUUAAAACAAAUAAAAUUU